AUGUCGAGUCGAUCACGAAAUAGACCUGAACAUCAAACCGAUUUGCGAAUGAUCGAUCGCAUGUACUCACUGAAAGUUGACAAUUUAGCGUAUCGCACUCGUGUGAUUGAUUUGAAACGAUAUUUCGAAAAAUUUGGUCCUAUCGGUGAUAUCUAUGUACCUCGAGAUCAAUUUUCACAUUCAAAUCGAGGCUAUGCUUUUGUUCGGUUUCUUGAGAAACGUGACGCCGAGCGUGCGAUCGAUCGAAUGGAUCGUACUGAUAUCGAUGGUCGAGAGAUCCGUGUUCAACUAGCUCGCUACAAUCGAGGUGCUGGUGGAAGUGGUCGCAAUAAACUUCGCUCUCGCCGCUAUAUUCCAGUUGUUCUAACAGAUUCGAUAUCACGAUCUCGGUCAACAUCUCGACGACGUUCAAGAGAUCGAUCACGUAGCAACAGUGCUGACAAUGGUCGUAGCGAUCGUCAUAGUUCACGAUCUCGUCCAACACGUCGCUCACGAUCCAGAUCACGCUCUCCACGACACGAGCAUUCAGAAUCUGAGCAAGACGACAAUCAACACGAAAAGAAAUAA